AAUUUUUUCACCUCCUGAAACAUAUCCUCCAACGUUUCCACGUACUUCUCGAUCCUGUCAUCGUCCUUUCCACUUUUACACAUCAAUUCACAUUUGGCGAGCAACCGCCUUAAAUUUACUUCUUGCCUGGACAAGCCCAUAGUUUAAUAUUUUCGAAAAUAAAGUGAUCGACUCGAUUUUAUUUACAUCACCAGGUAACUGUCACUGACAUGUCACUGACGUUUCGAAAAUUUCUAGGUUAUAACGCAAGUAACUGUCACUGGAACUGGAACGGUUUUGCUAUACAGGGUGAUCCGUGUUGAUGAUUGGAUUAAAUUAAUCCGUUUGGAUGAGCCGUUAAUAAAAAAUCCACACGAAGCUAUUGUGAAGGAUUUUGAUUUGUUUAUACUUAUCAUUAACUACUUAUCUCAAGUAUAAUCGAGCUACUAUUGAUUGUUAAACAAAUUAGAUGUCUAUAUCUAAUCGGAGAUUUAUUAUUCCAUCAGUGAAAUAACACCUAACAAUUGAUUUCGUAUAUUAUAACUAAUUUACAGUUUGUCAAUACGCCAUGUACGAAUUGGAAUACGAUAGUAAACUCGAUCAAUUCACCGAAGUUAUUUUCAAUGAAUUUUCCGACAGCUCGGACGAGGAAGAAGACAACACCAGCAUACCCUUGUUGAUUUUAAAGCGGCGAAAAAUUAAAAGACACGUCCGAUCGUCUCUAACGAAUUUCACGUUAGCGAGAUUGAUCAGCAGAAGCGGCAAACUGAACGUGUUCCUUACCAAAUUGUCCAACAAGAAUUUGACGUACAUCAAAGACCUGGGCAAUACGUUGCUCGGCAUCCAGUGGAAGUGGAUCCUGUUCACGCUCAUCGUCGUCAAUUUCGUUUGCUUCUUCGCGUUCGGGCUGCUGUGGUACGGCAUCGCGAUCAGCAGCGGCGAUUUCGAUCAGAACAACACCGAUUUCUGUGUCAUCAACACCCGCACUCUAACCGGGUACUUUUUAUUGAGCGCGGAAACUAUAACUACGAUAGGAUACGGUUACAGAUAUCCAACGGAACAAUGCAAUUUGGGGUGGUUGAUGUUGAUGCUGCAGGUUCUACUCAGCGUUGCUGUUCAAGGGGUUCUGGUUAGCGUUGUUUACGUUAAAAUCACCAAGCCCAUAUCCGCUACAGCUCAAAAGAUAUUCAGUAAAAAAGCUGUGAUUUGUAUAAGAGACGGAAAGCUGAGGUUCGUAUUCAGGAUCAACGAUUUCAAGAAGAAAAUUUGGUGCAGUACUUACAUAUCGUUGUAUUUCAUUGACAAGGAGCUGGUCUAUCCCAAUGAGGAGUACGAUAUGAUUCAGAUGAAGAUCGAACCGCACGGUCUCCUGAUUUUCCCCUUGGAAAUCGAGCACGUGAUCGACGAGGAGAGCCCAUUGUGGUCGUUCAGGCCCCUGGACAUCUUGCAAUCCAGAUUCGAAAUAAUUGCAGUGGCUGAGGGUAGUUCGAAUAUUACCGGUCAAAUAUCUCAAAAUAGGACUUCCUAUAGUAAUAGCGAUAUAUUGUGGGGACAUCGAUUUGAACCUUGUGUAGAUUACGAUACGGCGAAAAAUCGAUACGUAGUCGAUUAUAAAAAGUUUAAACAAACCCAGCCGUUUGACACGCCUCUCUGCAGCGCUAAGAAGCUGAAAGAUAUUCGCAGGAAAGUCUCCUUACAGGAAUAGCGACAAUUAAAAAAAACUAUUUAUUUUAUUACUGUGAUAUUUUUUAUUAAAGUGGACGUAUGUCUGUAUAGGUCGAGA